AUGCUACCUUCCACCUCCAUCAAGCGCACCCCGUCAUGGGAUUCGUCCAAGAGGGCAUUUCUUCAGAGGAGAAAGAAGUCGCCAAGUGACGCCUCGGAGUCAUUUUCGACGACUUCGUGUCAUAGUGCGAGCACAAGCACUCUCUCAGAUAAAACAGAUCUAUCUAGUGAUGGAGACGAAGAUGUCGAAUUCACGCAGGGGACGCACUCCCCUGCAAAAGCAUUUCAGGCUAAGAAUCACUUCGCCACAAGAAGAGGCAUGAUUCAUCAUCCCUAUCCUCCCCACCAAGCUCCUUACAUGCAAGCCUAUGACCGUACACUUCUUGACAACGAUCGAUUCUCGGAUGCUCUCUUGCAACGACUCAGUACUAAUGGGACACCGUCGUUUCUCACAUUCAAUGGCAACCCGCCUACUACUAUUCUAGAUCUGGGAUGCGGUGCAGGAUAUUGGGCCAUUAGGGCUGCAAAACAUUGGCCAAACGCAAGGAUAAUCGGUAUCGACUUAAUUGCUCCAUCAAGCUUAAAUGACGGCAUUGCUACCCCAUCAAAUGUGGAAUGGAGGCAAAUGAACUUCGUCGGGCACCGAUUAGGCUUCCCAAGUGACACAUUCGAUCUCGUCCGGAUGGCGAACCUGUCCCUGUGCAUUCCCCUUGAGAGUUGGGAAGAGAUUCUCACGGAAGUCAUGAGAGUUUUGGCGCCCGGCGGGCGGCUAGAAUUGAUUGAUGAUCAAGCCUUAUUCCCAACCGUGAAACCUGUCGAGCGCGCUUCCGCUUCAUCGGCCGCCCGCAGCGUUUCUCCUUCCCGCUGUCAUUCGUACAUUGACUUUGAUGACAGCGACUCCGAUAACUCCGAUGACGAAGCCGAUGACGACUUCAAGAGCACACGGAGCACCCUAUCUGAGGAUGAGGAAGAAUCCCUCCCAUACGAUGCUGUGUCAGAAUGGACGAGAAAUGAAUCCAAUGCGAAAGAUCUCGAAGGUCUGUUUAUUGAUAUGCUCUGGAGCAAGUACAAGAUCCGCACGGACCAACGAAGAAACUUAGAGAAAGUUCUGGAUCAUGUUUUCGGACGAUACAACGCCCAGAGAGUCGCGGCGAUGACUCUCGCCAUUGCACCUCCAGUGCCCAAUUCAGACUCUGGCUCUGGCUCAGAUCCUGAUCAAGCGUCGGUGUCGAGCACAGACAGCAAGAGCCUGAAGAAGAAAAAGGGGAAAGUCUUCAAGCAGUGGAUUGCUGUUGAAUGGGACAAGAUCGAGAACAAGGGCAAGAAAGGUGACCGUUCCAGUGGAGAGAGCGUCCUUUCCCCCAUACCACAAGCUAUCAGUGCCAAAGCAGCAGGCCGUCUUGGUAUUUCCUCUUCUGCUACUGCUUCCCCCAAUCCACAAUCAAACCGAUGUUCGGUAAUUCCCCCACCCUCUCGUCCUGCUCAAUCUCCUGGGCUGGUCUUGUGGCCUAACACGUUGAUUGAACUGGGGCCCUUCGAGCUCGAGAUGCAUGCAUGCAAGCACAUGCAGAGUCUGCUCGGGUGCAAAGCCGCGUUGCAUGAGUACGCGCAAGAAUCCUUCCGUGACGCCGACGGAAAUCCCCUUUUAGAUGACGCAGUGUUAGAUGAUCUUAUCUGGGACUACGAGUGCUUUCGUCGGAAACGUUUUAACUGGCCAUCAGUGACUCCUGAAAUAGAAAAGUCUAUCCAUGAUGAGCCCUCUGUCACUCCCAAUCAUAGACUCUCGGCCGACAUCCUAUCUAUUCGUUCACGUCCUCGGGGAGGCUCAGACGCCAGUAUGAAGCAACCCGAGACAUCACGCUAUUCGAAAGACGAGCUCACUUUCGUGCGCUCCAUCUACGUGUACACUGCCAGCAAGACUACCGCCGACGAUAUCAUUUUAUCGUAG